AUGUAUUACCACAAUCAAAAUGCUGAUAAUGCUUUACCGGUUAAAACUGUAAGUUUCAACAAAAUUUUUACUACAAGAUCUAAUAUUUCUCUAGGAGAACUUGAACUAAUCAGACUUGUUUGUCGAUUUUUAUUGAAGACUUCUAUAGAUGAUGACUUAACAUCGGAGGGGAAAAAGGAAAGCAUCAAGAUUGUUGACAGUAAAAGAUUUCCGAAUUACAGUUUCGAUUUUGAUGAAAAAAAAUUAUCGAGCUUUCUUUUGAAGAACCAGCGGGGCGCGAUGUACAGGUGCCCGCCGCCUGGCACGACGUCGUGGCUCUACGUCAGGAGUAGUGGGGACCAGGCGGCAACAAAUGGCUUUUUCGACUUUUUUGUCUACUCCAUCAUGGGACGAGACAGAGCGGAUUCAAAAUCCGAUUUGUCCUCCCCUGUUGUCUUCAAAGCUAGACAUUUAUUUUGACGGCCGGUUUAUUGAUUACCGGAAUGAAGAAGAUCCACCUCGCAAAAUUGUGAUUGACUGCAACUCGUACUCGUUUCCUCCACUUUCUAGAUCCCUCUUUUUGGACAGUAUGUCGCUCAUCUCAAAGUUUUACCUACGAC